AUGGUGGUAACAGAAUCAGAGUUAAAUUCACAAGGUGAGGUCGAGUCGCCAUUACAACCGGACCAACAACAAACCAAGAACCAUGCAUUCUCGUCUCUUGGCAGACAAUCCUCUAUUUACUCCCUCACAUUAGACGAGUUCCAGCAUACUCUUUGUGAGAGUGGCAGGAACUUCGGUUCAAUGAACAUGGACGAGUUUCUUGCCAGUAUCUGGACUGCCGAGGAAAAUCAAGCCACGGCCACUUCUGCCAACAUGAGCGGUAACAAUCAAAUCAUCAUUGACAACAAUGCAAGCCAGGUUUUGAAUGACGCAUAUGGUCAUAGAGGCGUAUCUCAGCAACCCAGUUUGUCUAGACAAGAAUCACUCUCUUUGCCAGCACCUCUGUGUAGGAAAACAGUGGAUGAAGUUUGGUUUGAGAUUCAUAAAGAGCAGAUCAGUGGUACUGAAAAUAGAGGUGGCAAUGCGCAAAAUCCCAAGACUGCCCCUCGUCAGCCGACUUUUGGAGAGAUGACCCUAGAGGAUUUUCUGAUCAAGGCAGGGAUUGUGAGGGCAGGAUGUACUGCGCCAUUUCAGCAACAACAACGUGGGUUGUACGAGAGUAACACCAAUAACCGGGCUGCAGCAACAGGUUUCGAGGCUAGACCUAUUUUAGGCAUGGCUGCGGGGGGUGGGGGUGGUGUUGCAGGGAAUGGUGGUGGGUAUGGGCAGGGUCAUGGAGUACUGGGAAUGGUUGCACCACUGAGUCCAGCGUCAUCAGAUGGAAUGGUUACUAAUUUUGAUAAUUCAGGAAAUCAGUUUGGGAUGGAUAUAGGGGGGAGGGGACGGAAGAGGAUUAUUGAUGGGCCGGUGGAGAGGGUGGUGGAGAGGAGGCAACGGAGGAUGAUCAAGAAUAGAGAGUCUGCUGCGAGGUCUAGAGCUAGAAAACAGGCCUAUACAGUUGAACUAGAAGCUGAACUGAAUCAAUUAAAAGAGGAGAAUAAGCAACUUAAACAUGAUCUGGCAGAGCUUGAAAGGAAGAGAAAGCAACAGUAUUUUGAGGAAUCAAGGAUGAAAGCGCGCACGAAGGCCCACAAGACAAAAGAGAAACUGAGGUUGGCGAGAAGGAGCUCGAGCUGUCCGCUGUGA